AUGGAGAGGCGGGCGGCGCCCCCGGCCGGGUGCUGGCCAUUCAGGCCCGAAAGCGGAGGCCGAAAAGAGAGAAACAUCCGAAAAAAAAUCAAGCAGAAGAUUGAGCUGCUGAUGUCAGUUAACUCUGAGAAGUUGUCCUCUUCAGAAAGGCCGGAGCCUCAACAGAAAGCUCCCUUAGUUCCUCCACCACCACCUCCACCACCACCGCCACCUUUGCCAGACCCCACGCCCCCAGAGCCAGAGGAGGAGAUCCUGGGUUCAGACGAUGAGGAGCAGGAGGACCCCGCAGACUACUGCAAAGGUGGCUAUCAUCCAGUGAAAAUUGGAGACCUUUUCAACGGCCGGUACCAUGUCAUUAGGAAGCUAGGAUGGGGACACUUCUCUACUGUCUGGCUUUGCUGGGAUAUGCAGGGGAAAAGAUUUGUUGCAAUGAAAGUUGUAAAAAGUGCCCAGCAUUAUACGGAGACAGCCUUGGAUGAAAUAAAAUUGCUCAAAUGUGUUCGAGAAAGUGAUUCCAGUGACCCAAGUAAAUACAUGGGAGUAUAGCUCAUUGAUGACUUCAAGAUUUCAAGUAUGAGUGGAAUCCAUGUCUGCAUGGUUUUCGAAGUGCUUGGCCACCAUCUCCUCAAAUGGAUUAUCAAGUCCAACUAUCAAGGCCUUCCUUUACGUUGUGUGAAGAGUAUCAUUCGACAGGUACUUCAGGGGUUAGAUUAUCUACACAGGAAAUGCAAGAUCAUUCAUACUGACAUCAAGCCAGGGGACAUCUUGAUGUGUGAUGAUGCACACGUGAGAAGAAUGGCAGCUGAGGCCAUGCAGUGGCAGAAAGCCGGUGCUCCUCCUCCGUCAGGGUCUGCAGUGAGUACGGCUCCACAGCAAAAACCUAUAGGAAAAAUUUCUAAAAAAAAAAAGCAGCAGAAAAGGCAGGCUGAGUUACUGGAAAAGCACCUGCUUUGGGAAGAAUUGGAGUGUGAAGCCAAAAGGAAAAUAAUAGAAGAAAAUGUCACAUCAGCUGUACCUUCCAAGGAGCAAGAUGAUGAAUACCGCCCAGAGGGGAAACUAAAGACAGCAGCGCCAGAGGAGGCUGCUGAGGGAGAGCCUGCGCUGGACAACGGUGAAGCUGAGGACCAGGAAGAGAAAGAAGAUGCUGAGAAGGAAAACAUUGAGAAGGAUGAAGACGAUGGUGGACAGGAGCUCGAGAAGAUAGACCCCACCUGGAUAGAAUCACCUAAAUCCAAUGACCACAUUGGGAAUGGCCCGUUCCUGCUGGAGCAGCAGCUGGAUGAUGAAGACAAUGAUGAAGUAGAUUGCCCAAACCCCGAGGAGUAUAACUCUGAUGAUCCAAACGCAGGAAGUGAUUACAUGUAUACCAACUCCUAUGAACAAUUCAAUGAUAAAUUGCCUAAUGGACGAAAUAAAAUUCCUAAGUCUCAGUUUCCAGAGUUUUCCACCUCAUUGUCCUCUGGGCCCUUAGAACCUGUGGCUUGUGGCUCUGCACUUUCUGAAGAAUUGCUUACUGAGCAGGAGUAAAACAGCCCAUCCCAAGACAAGAGCAGGAUGGUUUUCGCCUUCAGCACUGGGGAUUUGCCAAAAACCAAAACCCGGGCAGCGGACUUACUGGUGAAUCCCCUGGAUCCACGGAACGCCGAUAAAGUUAGAGUUAAGAUUGCUGACCUGUGAAAUGCUUGUUGGGUGCAUAAACACUUCACAGAAGACAUCCAGACACGUCAGUACAGAUCCAUAGAGGUUUUAAUAGGAGCAGGUUACAGCACCCCUGCUGACAUCUGGAGCACGGCCUGUAUGGCCUUUGAGCUGGCGACCGGAGAUUAUUUGUUUGAACCGCAUUCUGGAGAGGACUAUUCCAGAGACGAAGACCACAUAGCCCAUAUCAUAGAACUGCUAUGCAGUAUCCCAGGGCACUUUGCUCUAUCUGGAAAAUACUCUCGGGAAUUCUUCAAUCGCAGAGAUCACAUAGCAUUGAUCAUUGAACUGCUCGGGAAAAUCCCUCGAAAAUUCGCUAUGUUGGGGAAAUAUUCCAAGGAAUUUUCACCAGAAAAGGGAGAGCUGCGGCACAUCACCAAGCUGAAGCCCUGGAGCCUCCUUGAUGUACUUGUGGAAAAGUAUGGGUGUCCCCAUGGAGAUGCUGCACAGUUUACAGGUUUCCUGAUUCCGAUGUUAGAAAUGGUUCCAGAAAAACAAGCCUCUGCUGGCGAAUGCCUUCCGCAUCCUUGGCUGAAUUCUUAG